UCCGACUCAUCGGAUCCGUUUCAAGCCCUGUUGGUGGCGGCUUGACUUGCAAAAUAUACGUACGUGUACGUAUUUUGUCUGUUUUCUGGAAGCCCGGAAGAACCCCUCUCCCCUCUGCAGCUCUGCCGGCGACUGCGACUCUCUCUCUCUCGGGUUUCCGACCAUUUGGCAUGCCUUGGUAGGGAAUUCGCGGUAAUUGGCGAUUCGAAGGAGAAAAAGGCAGCCGAUUGGUUGAUUUAUCCGUCGUUCUUGGCGAAGCGGGAGCAGAUAUGUCGAUGGACCUGAUUCUGAAGCCGUCGUGCGGCGGGUGCGGGUCGACCUCUGACCUCUAUGGAAGCAACUGCAAGCACACGACCCUCUGCCUCUCAUGCGGCAAAACCAUGGCGGAGACCCGAUCCAAGUGUCGCGAGUGCGGCGUCCCCAUCACCAAGCUCAUUAGGGAAUACAAUGUUAGGGCAAGCAGCAGCGCUGACAAGAAUUUCUACAUUGGCCGGUUUCCGACGGGAUUGCCCGUCUUCUCGAGGAGAAAGAACGCUGAGGUUAGAUGGUCGCUACAGAAAGAAGGGCUUCAAGGACGCCAGAUGACCGAAACCUUGCGGGAGAAACUGAAGAAUAAACCAUGGCUUCUAGAGGACGAAACUGGCCAAUAUCAAUAUCAAGGUCAGCUAGAGGGUGCACAACAAGCUACUUAUUAUUUGCUAGUUUUACAGGGAAAGGAGUUUACGGCCAUCCCUGCAGGCUCUUGGUUCAAUUUUAAUAAAGUCGCUCAAUAUAAGCAACUUACACUGGAAGAAGCUGAAGAAAAGAUGAAAAAUAGGAGGAGGACGGCAGAUGGCUAUGAGAGAUGGAUGAUGAAAGCUGCAAACAAUGGAGCUGCAGCUUUUGGUGAAGUGGAGAAGUUAGGAUCUAGUCGUGAUGGUGAUGGUGGUGUUGGCGGCGGCGGUGGUGGCAGUGCCAGUGGCGGUGGAGGGCGUCGUAAGAAAGGCAAUGAAGAAGAAGAAGAUAAUGCAGUAGGAUCUGAUAAGGGGGAGGAAGAUGAGGAGGACGAAGAGGACAGGAAAAAUAGGUUGGGACUGAACAAAAGGAAUGCAGAUGAUGACGAGGAAGGCCCUAGAGGGGGUGAUCUUGAUAUGGAUGAUGAUGAUAUUGAAAAAGGUGAUGACUGGGAACAUGAAGAAAUAUUUACGGAUGAUGAUGAGGCUGUUGGUAAUGAUCCUGAGGAACGAGAAGAUUUAGACCCUGAAAUUCCAGCGCCUCCUGAGAUUAAGCAGGAUGACGAGGAUGAGAAUGAGGGCGAGGAAGAUGAAGAAGGUCUGAGCAAAUCUGGGAAAGAGUUGAAGAAGCUUCUUGGCCGAGCAGGUGGACUAAAUGAGUCAGAUGCUGAGGAGGAGGAGGAGGAGGAAGAGGAGGAUGAGUCUGGCAUAUCCCCAGUCUUAGCUCCUAAGCAGAAGGAUACUUUAAAGGAGGAGCCUGAUGUCACACCUACAAAACCAGUUGCUUCUGGAUCUACACGUGGCACUCCUUCUUCAGCAAAGUCUUCAAAAGCAAAAAGAAAAUCUGGUAGCGAUGAUGUGAAGCCUGCUGGUUCUGGUACAGCAAAGAAGCUGAAAACUGAGAAUGACACGAGACAAGCUGCAUCUGCCAAAGAUGAGACUCCGGCUUCAAGAACUAAUGCUCCACAAAAGGUUCCUGCACCAUCUGCUGCAAAAAGUGGAAGUGCACCAGCUACAGGAUCCGUUAGCGAAGAAGAGAUCAGGGCUGUGCUGUUGCAGGUUGCUCCAGUAACAACACAAGAUCUUGUGGCCAAAUUCAAGGCAAGACUAAAGACGCCUGAGGAUAAGUCAUCUUUUGCUGCGAUCCUGAAGAAAAUCUCCAGAAUACAGAAGACAAAUGGGGCCAAUUUCGUUGUAUUGAGAGAGAAAUGAGUAAUGCGGCAAAGCUUCUACCGUCCAUCCAUUGCGUGUUCAUGGAGAAAUACAAACAUAUUACAUUCUUUUGGGUUGCAUCGACACAUUUAUAGACUAGGUUUCUGUCUUGUUGCACAACAGCUGAUCUUGUACUUGCAUAAGAAGUCCAUAUUCUGUGUACUCUCGCAGAGUCCUAGCGAACAGCUCAUAAUAUUUCAAAAAAGGCAGAGGUAUUUGAACAUUCCACAGAAAAUGGAUGAAACGUGGAACAAUGUACUAAUGGAUACUUAUCUUGGUCCAAGGGCCUUAAAAGUUUCUGUCCCUGUAUUAGUGCUCUCCUGGGUAACACAGCAACCCGCAUCUGCACGUCAUAUGGGCCUUUAUGACUCUGAUGCUUGUAUUAUGAGAUGCAUGUCCUUCUCGGCCUUUUGGCUAAGACCAAGUGUAGUAUUAUGAGAUGCAAUAUACAACAGUUUUUAGUUGUUUUGA